CACAAGUGGGAAAAUAUUAUCUGAGCAGGAUUAUUUUCUAAUUUUUUGGACGACGUUUGAAAAUCAUAAUUAAGUGUACUGAGGUGAGUAUUUCUGAGAUAUCAUUGAGAGGCCACAGAAAAUCUUGAUAAGGAAGUUUACCUUUCAGAGCCUUAAGAUUUCUGUUGCCAUUUUCUAUUUUUGUGCAUGUUGAACCUGACCACAGCAAUAUGACGUUCUGCAAAGUCAUGAGGCAGGCUGCUGAACACCCCCCAACGCCCACAUGUAUUCACCUCAUAUUAAAAACAUACAUUAGUUAACCCGUGCUUCAACAGUAACAGUCUGUCACUAUUUUAGUCUGAACCAAUAGUUUGGAAGUUUGCAAGUUGUCCCAAACUACUUCAACUUAACUGAGACCAAACUGAAUGCUGAUAAGGAUGUUAAAAAGACAACACAGGACGCAGCUGAAGUAGCUUGUCUCAUUUCUGCACUGGUGUCGCUCUCACCAUUCUGCACACCGAUGCACCCGAACCGAGCACCUUCUACCUCCCUGAACUUCUACAGAAAUUCAGUGUUAGAUGUUUUGAACUUGCACGCAGACCAGACGGCAGAUGUCUGUGAAGUCGGAAAUGCAAAAAAUAUUAUGAAUUCAAUACAAUGGCUUUGUUUCGGUUUAAAGGGGAAAGCACCGCUAGUCACUCUGGUUACGUUCAUUAAAAGCAGAUGAUCGCGCUGACGCAGAGGCACUGUACCUGCAGUUGCCAGCAUAGGUGCACAUACUAUAUGCGUCUACGCUUUUUUUCUUUUUUUUUCUUUUAUCGCAUACAUUUGCACGAGUCGAUGGUUUGGAACGCUUAGUUCAUCUUAAUUACACCAGUGACAAAAAGGGAAACGGGGUGAUGAUAUGAUCGUUUCUCAUUUGACAUGGACGCGGGAAUUACGCACAGCUGAUCACUUUGGUUGGACUGAUCCCUAAACUGUCACUGAACGUCAAGAAGUUGUGCCCACAGGUACACACCUGAAACUUCUUUCAGGAGAUUCCGAUCGACUCGCCCCCAGUUGAUGCCGAGGAUCAUGACAAUGAACGGCGACCACCAGUCGGUUGCCACAACACCGCUGGAUUUGCGCACCACACACCGAGAGCGUGGGACUCCGGACUGCAUAAGUCCCUCCAGAGACGCGCGGGUGACAGACGGCUCACCUGCUCCUCCGGCGAGCACAGGGACGGACAGUUUACAAAUUCACUGCUCCACAAUUAGAAAAGCGCCGAGUUCAGACACCAGUACUGCCCACAAACGGCCGGCGGAUAAAUCUCCCAAAACACUGCCUUUUAGGAAACGCCGGAUUCCUUUCGACCCGGAGACCCAGAGCCAGUCACCUCCUGCGAAACAAAGGGCGGACUUUACAUCUCGGGAGAGUUUGCAGGGUCGUUUGGAACAAGACGCGGGUGAAAGCAGGGUUGCUGCCGCGCCGGUAACUCCCCGGCGGAUCGAAGAGUCACAACACAUUCCAGCAGGAUACUCGAUACCCUUUUUGCAACCAUAUAAUUAUGUGUACUACAUUCCCCACAUCCCAGAGCCAAACCUCCCUCUGGCCCACCAGACUGAAAACCUGUUGGCUGGAAUCACACUGGCUACCCGUCAAGAUGAAGAUGGAGACACAGCCCUCCAUAUAGCUGUGGUGAAGGGGGAACUGGCCUUUGUCUCCAAACUCAUUCAACUCUUGCUGCUGGCUCACAAUGGCGUUGAUAUCUACAACAAUCUCCGUCAGACGCCCCUACAUCUGGCAGUAAUAACCGAGCAGACAAACAUGGUGGAAGCUUUGCUGAGAGCAGGGGCCGACCCUGCUGCCUUGGACCGUAACGGUCAAACAGCGCUCCAUCUCUGCUGUGAAUAUGGCCAGCGGGACUGUCUGUCUGUCGUGCUUUCCCUGUCGUCCUCCCCAUUGUGUUUGGAGAUAAGAAACUUUGGAGGUUUGAGCCCUCUCCAUCUGGCCGUGCUGCAGGGCCGUCAGGACCUGGCCAAAAUGCUUCUUGAAGCAGGCGCUGACAUCAAUGCUAUGGACUUCAAAAGUGGCCAGAGUCCUCUUAUGCAUGCUGUGGAGAGUAAUAACCCAGACAUGGUCCACUUCCUGAUUGAGAAUGGAUGUGAUGUCAACAGUCAGUCAUACAGUGGGAACACAGCCUUACACAGCGCCUGUGGCCGAGGUCAGGUGGAUACUGUACGGCUUCUGCUGAAGAGUGGAGCUGACAGCAGCAUCAAGAACAACCACAAUGACACACCAGUGAUGGUUGCCAGAAACAAAAAAAUAGCAGAUGUGUUACGAGGGAGAGGUUCCAAGCAUAUAAGAAGUCAAGAUCAACAUUGUGUCUCAGUCUCACCACAACGGGGCAGCCUAAUGGAAAAUGGGUCCCCAUCUCCCAGCAAUGGAUAUUCACCUUCAACUACACCACACACCCUUCAACAUAGUGUUUCCCACUCUCCAAAUACUCCAUCUACGCUUGCAUUUCCAUUUCACUAGUCACUGUCAAGUGAAAGUUGCAACUACCUCCAUACAGCCAAGCAUCAAGGAGACAUUGACAUUAGAGCUCGCUUUCCAGGACGUCCAGGAAAGGGUUCACCUUGUUGGACGGCAGACCAGGAAUAAACUGCACCUGAAAUUAGACAGCAUGUUCUUCUGGACUCCAUAAUAAGACAACUUUUCUUGGUAUUUGGUGCCUUGACCAAUUGCAUCGAUAGAAAUGUGCCACUGUAUACAGUCAAGGCUGAACGAGGUGAAGGACAUUUUUAGCUCUGCCUGCAGGUGUCAGGUGUAAAUGGCAGACAUGGCCCAAAGCUCAAUGAACUCCUGUUUUUAGUUGUGGCCACCAGAAGAAGUGUUAUGGGGAAUGAGGAGAAUUCUGUGCAACAAACUUCCCUGCUUUACUUGAACUGUAACUAAUGCAUUUACAUUGUAAGGGUGACCCGGACACCCAAAGUCUUGUUGAAGUUCCCAGUCUGUUCAUAUAAAUAUAUGACAAUAUAUUGCACAAGUUCCUUCAUUGCCACGUUGUGAUAAUCCAUGUCCUCUGUAUAUUUCAGGUCUUUCUGUGCAUAUGUGCCUGUGUGCUUUUCUAUUAAUGUCAAAAGUUGUAGAUAUUUUUAUAAGAUAUAAAAUCUAUCCAACAAAUA